AUGCGUGGUGAUUUCCUCAUUUGGGAAACGCUCGGUGUGACAAGUUUUCACCGGAUAGACUUUUCGUCCCUCCUCUAUUUUAGAAAAGCUUCUGAUCUGAUUAUUGGUUUUUCUCUUUUAAUUACACCAAAUAAAGAGGCUCUUCAUCUUUUCAUUGGUGUGCGUUUCGAUUUUCCGAAGCGAAGUCAGCACAAAAUUAAGAAAGCGGGAAUAAACUGCAAUGGGGCAUCCAGUCUUGGUGCUCAUACCGUUGUCGUGACUUUGUGCCUCAGUAAAAGCAACGGGCUUAUCAUUGACAUGGAGAAAACGUUCGUGACGGGCCAAGAGUAAAGCAUAUUGUUGACUGACGGGACGAACCCGAGAGAAUCAUAUCCGUAUAUCGAAAUCAUCUUUUUUCUCUUGAAUUUCCUCUGA